CGAUGCUCCAUCUUACAACGUACAAUAACAAAGGGCGAAUGGAACGUCGACUGCUUCUUUGCUUUUCAAUUACGGAAAAGAAAGCUGUUCUUACCCAGGGCUGGUAGCGUAGCUUUGAGAUAUAAAGCCUCCGUACAGAGGAAUGGAGUCGAGUGAACAACCGCAACCUUACUAUCCGUCAUAUACAUCGUGUGAGAGGUGCCAGAGAAGAAAGAUCAAGUGUGAUAAAAGACAACCAUGCUCAAAAUGCUACAAAGCUAACGUAGAAUGCAAACGAAAAGGAUCCGGAGAGAAACAGAGGCCGGCGACAAAAGCCUACGUACAAGCACUCGAAGCACAAGUUGCCUCGCUGGAACUUUUUCUCCAGAAGCUAGCCGUUGCUGACGAUACGCAGCGAGGAGAACUGCUCUCCGAGUACCACGGCAAUUCAGAAUUCAUCAAGGAAAGCACAGUCCCCAAACAAAAUGAUUCAACGCUGUCAAACAAUGGCCAACUUGCCUUUGCCAGAACUCGUGCGGGCCACCUUCGCAAGCUUAGGGCGAAAAAUGCAUCGCAAUUUUACGGCGGUACCAGCCUAUUCCAAAUCCAAGAGAGCAAGGAAUCUAUUACCACUACAGGUGCCUUGAAUAUUGUCGAGUCCACUACGACAGGGUUCUUCUCUGAGCCUGAUGUUUGCGCGAAAGAAAGCCCUGAGAAUCCGCGGCAUCUAAACUUUGAGUAUGGCCCCCAACAUGAAAUUCCUAGGCAGCUCUUGACCAUUUUCUUCAAACAACAAUAUCCGUACAACAUGUGUGUCUAUCGUGAAUAUUUUUUGCGGGAUUAUGAUGCUCUGAAGGGACCGUAUUACUCCGAGGUACUUUUGUAUGCCAUAUGUUCAAUGGCAGCGCUCGCUUCAGAAAACCAGGAGCUUCAAUCAAAGUCAACACUCUUCUCGGCCCAUGCACAGUCCCUACUAUAUCAAUCUUUAGACUCCCCCGACCUUACCGUUCUUCAAGCGCUUCUCCUUCUCGGCCAAAGAGAGAUCGGGCAAGGCAAUGGAUCCAAAGGCUGGCUGUUCUGCGGCAUGGCGUUUCGCCUGACGCAUGAGAUGGGGUUACAUUUGGAUCCAAAUAACUGGGAUGAUUCCACUCAACCAUCUGUGGACAUUGAAGUGCUCCGAAGAGUGUACUGGGCAGCUUUCAUCGUUGACAAGCAGCUCAGUCUCUACUUCGGUCGACCACCGGCCCUCUAUCCCCAUGAAUCAGAUGUUCGCAAUACUAUUAGGAUUCCGUAUCCGCCUGAGUGGCAGAAGCUUCUGGAUACCUACAUUGCGAAGGGCAUCUCCGCCGAUGCAUUUGAAGAUGGUAUCGCACUAGUUGGAUCUCUGACAUACCAAGUAGAGCUGUGUAAGAUCUUCCAUAACAUGAUAUCGAAACUCUACCAAAAUCGAUCUGCCACUUCUGACCCUACCAUUAUGGCGACCAAAACACAGCAGGUACAUGUUUCUCUUGUUGGGUGGCUGUCCAGCUUACCUGGCAAGCUUCAUUGGAACCAAUGGACAGUGGGGCAAGUACCUCCUUAUAUUUUACAUCUGCACAUGUUGUUUCACACAGCAAUGAUCAUUCUACAUCGCCCCCCUCGUCACUAUCUGGAAGAACCCGGUAUCGCGACAAGCGAAGACGUGGAAAUUUGUUACGAGUCCUUGCGCGCACUUAUAAGGCUUAUGAAGACGUACUCCAGAUACUAUCAUUAUCGCAGCCUCCCAUUUGACUUCAUCCAUACGCUAUCGACGGCAGCCGGCGUGAUUCUUAUGAAGCGUUAUCUUGAAAAGGCACCCAUGGACGAUACAGAAAUAUCCAAGUCUCUCCAUGUCGUUCUAGAAGCAAUGGACGGUGUCAUGAACACCUGGCCAUUCGUCAGCAAAAUCAAAAUGUGCGUCAUGCAGGCGAUGGAAAGUCAAACCGUUUCCACACCUCAGACUGAUCCAAUUUUCCAUCUGGGUCUUGAUCUUGACCUUUCGACCAUGCCAGAUCCUUUUUUGUUUCUUGGAGACACUGGUGUAGGAUUUGGCGACACAGAUCUUGGAUUUUUGGUUACGGAUGACGCGCUGGCCACAACGUUUACGUGGGACGAGAUGCAGCCUGGCUUCGCUGGGUCGUCGAUUCAAGACCUGCAAGAGAGAAAUUAAUGAAAGGAUUAUCCGCGGCAAUGGUUUCAUUGAAAUAGCUAUAUUAAAUGUCGUAAAGGUCGGGUACCCUUCUCCAAACUGGAUAGAAAACUGAGGGAAGAAAUGGGAGGAAAGAAGUAAGGCAGCAUAACCCAUCUCUGACUGAACCGAUCCCUUGGUUAUAUAGUAGAAACACUAAUACAAUGAGUAUGGUUAUGGUUGAACGCCCUAUCAUUAAAGUAGUGAAGAGGAAAGUUGAUUGUUGGUUGGUUGGAGCCAGGGAUCUACAGAGGGUUGGCGCAUCAGGCUGGCUCCCUACUACGAGUUAGUAUUUUAUGCCCACA